AUGCGUCGUCAUUCAUUAGAACAUGAUAGCUUAGGACAACAAAUUAAAUCGGUAUUCACUUCACCUACACGAAAAUUUCUUAAUUUCAAAAACAAUAGUGACAAUUCUAAUAGUAAUCUUCAUUCUAAUCGACAAACACGACGUGUUAGUGUACCAGAACACAAAUAUUCAGAUAAACUCGACAAUUAUACUGAACUUGAUACUAUUGAUGAAGUAAGUGUACAAAUAUUAAAUGGUCGACCGCGUCUAUUUUCAACACCUGAAAAACAAGAUCUUGAAACAAUAUAUGAGAAUGAAGCUAAUGCUGCAGCUGGUAGUUUUGAUCAAACUGAUAUAGAUCGAUCACAAUCGCCGAGUAAAACAAAUACUGAUUCAACAUCAAAACGAGCUCGAUUACAAGCUUUAUUGCCUUUACGUAGUAGUGGGAAUGAUAAAAAAUCGAAUUUAGUUGGAACUAAUUCUAUUGGAGUAGUGUCUCAUACAACAAAUAAUACUUCCGGUCCUGGUGGCGGCGCUACUGCUUCUGCUGCUGCUGCUUAUACUGAAACAAAUAGUGGCUUUGAUCAACGAAAUGUUGUUGCUUCUCUUGCUCCAUAUGCAAAUACUACUGUGCCUACUACUUCAUCAAGAUCACCACCUGGAAAAUUUAAUUUAACAAGUUCUACAUCGCCAUCAUCAAUGAAAGAACAUGUUAGUCGACGCCCUCGUUCCCAUUCAAAAACUGAUGCGCAAUCAGUACCUGAAAAAUCUCUUUUUCAAAAAUUAUUUGCAAGAAAAACUAAAAAGCCUUUGGGAGCAUUAAUAACAACAACAACAAAAUCAAUUGAUUUAGAUGUAAAUAAAAAACGGCAAAAUCUUAUUACCCAAUCAUCUUUAGUAAAAGAUAACUCACGAUCAACCAUCAAUGAAGAAGAAGAAGAACUUGAUGAUGAUGAUCCAAAUGCUUCUACUGGUUCUUUGUCAGAUACGGAUACUCUUGAUGAAAAAGAUGAUGUUAUAAAUACUAACCUUAGUUCUAGUAUAACUCUAACUGGAAGUAGAAAAAAUAGUAGUUCUGACAAAAAGUCAACUGCUACUCAAAAUUAUAUGACAUUACCGGCAUCCGAUUCACAAUAUUAUGCAUCAAUGUCAUCGGCACCGACGGGCUUUUCGAUUUCUUAUCAUAAGUGUUUAACAAAAGGUAAUGAUGAUCUUCGAAUACAAGCAGCACUCGGUCGACUUCAACAACAAAAUAAAAAAGGAACUGCUGCUGGAGCAGAUCAUUUAAUGUCGCUUUUUCAAGAUCCAAAUAGAAGUGGAUCACAAAGUCCAACUUCUAUGAGUGGUACAACUCGAAUUAAGACAUUUUCUGGUCAAACAAUAAUUACUCGAAAUAGUUCAUCAUCAGAUCAACCACCAACAUAUUGUAUUCGUCCAUCGUCUGUUUCACCUACUCAUGAUCCUGAUGAAGCAUUCAUAAGUGAUGAUGAAAUUUAUACACAUUUUAUGAAAUAUAACACAUGUUAUGAUAUAAUGCCGAAAAGUUCUAAAUUAGUUAUAUUUGAUACUCAAUUGGCUGUAAAAAAAGCUUUUUUUGCUCUUGUUUAUAAUGGUGUACGUGCAGCACCAUUGUGGGAUACAAAACGACAAAAAUUUAUUGGCUUAUUAACAAUAACAGAUUUUAUUCUUAUACUGCAAAAAUAUUAUAAAGAACCACAUGCUAAAAUUGAAGAAUUAGAAGAACAUAGAAUUGAAACAUGGAGAGAGGUCUUACGUGAAUAUGAAAAACCUUUGCUAUAUAUUAGACCAAAUGAAAAUUUAUUUGACGCAGUACGUAUUUUAUUGGAAAAUCAUGUUCAUCGAUUACCUAUUAUUGAUCCAAUAACAAGUAAUGUUAUAUUUAUUUUAACCCAUAAACGAAUAUUAAGGUUCUUUUAUUUAUACAUUUAUGAUUGGCCACAACCAUCAUUUAUGUCUAAGACAUUAGAAGAAUUAAAAAUCGGAACUUAUGAUAAUUUAAUUAUAAUUGAAGAAACUACAACAGUUAUUGAAGCCUUAAAUUAUUUUGUGAAAUAUCGUGUAUCAGCACUGCCUGUUGUUGAUAAAAAUCGAAAGUUAGUUAAUAUUUAUUCGAAAUUUGAUGUUAUUGGUUUAGCACCAGACAAAAGUUAUCGAAAUUUAAAUAUGACAAUAAAUGAAGCAUUGUCAUAUCGAAAAGAACGUUUUGAAGCUGUUUCUAAAUGUUAUAAACAUGAAUUAUUAUCAACAUGUAUGGAACGUAUUGUUAAAGCUGAAGUACAUCGUUUAGUUAUUGUUGACAAUGAUCAACAUGUUAUUGGUAUACUUUCAUUAUCUGAUUUACUUUAUUAUAUAGUUAUACGUCCAACUAAAUCCGAACAUACUACAGCAUCAAAAACAGUAUCAGUACCACCUACAACUAAAUCUAAUCGAGAAAUAGAAUAA